AUGGCAUCAUCUAAGGAUCGCAAGUCUUUCACUGCCGAAGAUCUAUUUGACAACUUAACUCUUGACGAUGGUAGUAGAGAUGCGAAAUCACGACCGGCUCCUGGCCGACCGGCAAAUCGUCCUCCCGGACCGCGAGGCGAAAACAAUCCUCCCCGUGGUCGCGGUGCGCCACCUUCCUCAUCUCACAGGCCCACGCAGUCGCAAGAAGAAGCUUUGAGGUCUCGCCGAAUGCACAGCGUUUCGAACGGAGGGGAGAGAGCUCUCAACACCUCCCCCAAUAGAAAGCAGGGAGAUCAUCGCCCUCGUCGCAACAGCGAUUCCUCAAUGAUAGAGAAGCCGUUGACAGAGGAGGAAAAGAAAGCACGUGAGCUUCGACGCAAGGAACGUGAGCGACGCCAUCGCGAAGGCAAGGACAAACCGCGAACCGGCCGAAAAAUCGAUAUUAUCGAUCAACUCGAUGCCACGAGCAUUUACGGAACAGGAUUAUUUCACCACGAUGGUCCUUUUGAUGCAUGCAACCCGCACCGAAAUCGUAAGGGUAGUCGUCGUGCGCCGAUGCAAGCAUUUGCUAAAGACUCUGCCAACAAUUCUAUUGGAGGCACGGGUCCCUUGAAUAAGAGGCCUGAUCAUUUGCAGUUCAUGGGCCAGGAGCCUCACGACGCUUCUACCAUGUAUGGUAGCGUUGCUAAGGAGAGGUCUGCAGGAAGCAAGAGCGAGCCCGCCCUCUUUGAUCCGAAACAGGCGAACGAAUUUGUUGUUGGCGAAGAGACGCUCGGACUUGGUUCUUCAACAUUUUUGGAAGGCACCCCGGCUACCCGUUCUGCGAUCCAGCGCACCCAGGCCGAGACGGCGCAAGAAGUCUUGGAGCAGGGACUGGGGCGAAAGAAGUCUGUAGUGCAGCGCUUCCGAAGCAUCAAGCGCGCCCCUCGCGAGCCACGCGAAUUCAACAUGGAUGGCGACCGCUACACUCCCAGGACAGGCGAUAUGCCCACCAGUGGUAGCGCCGGUGAAAGGAACCCCUUCUUCGCCGAGUUCGACAGGGCAGAGGAGCACAUUUCCGUCAAGCGUAAAGAUUCGGAUUUGCCAUCUCCCUCGACGCCACCGGUGCCUAGCCUCGAGCGCCGAGGCACUGCUGAUGGGUCGGAGUCCCCAGACGGGGCUAGACAGCAAGGCAAUGGGUUUAUGUCGCGUGUGAGGAGCUUGAAAGGACGACGACCACGACCAGAUGUCCCCAACAGAGACGUUCCGCCCGCGCCCGGUGUAGCUAUGUAA